GUAGCGUUUUCGGGAGGAAUUGACUCGUCCGUUGUCGCUGCUGCUGUGCAUGCUGUCCAGACAAGUACAGAAACGGCUAUAGCCGUUCUGGGUGUUUCAAACGCCGUUCCGGAGGAGCAAGUCCUCCUUGCCCGGAGAAUAAGCAGCCAUAUUGGUAUACCACUGACUGAAGUUCCCACGACGGAAGGAUCGGACGAUAUUUAUAUAGCCAAUGCUGGCCAAGCUUGUUUGGCAUGCAAAACUCAUCUGUAUUCGACGCUAAGCGCGAUUGCGGCGCACGCCAAACAUUCUGAUGGAGGCCGACAAUUGUACAACGGAACGAACUCAGAUGAUCUGAAGGAUCCAACCCGACUCGGGUUGAUUGCGGCGGAAAAUUUUAAGGUUCUAUCUCCAUUGCGAGAAUUGACCAAGGCAAAGGUCCGUGUCGUAGCCCGUCACAUGGGAUUACCGAACUGGAAUUACGCGGCAUCGCCCUGUCUGCGAUCUCGAUUGGCCCUCGGCGUGGAAGCGUCGGUUGAUCACUUACACCGGAUUGAACGAGCCGAACGUUUUGUGAAGACAAGA